AUGUCGGUUUUUACGUAUAAACUAAAAGGCAGUAAUCGCGUCUUACUCAUCAUCGACCUUACUGCGUCAGUCAUCGAAGAAUCCAUUACCCUCAAAGCACCGGCCAUCGUCUCCUGCCAUCCACCAAUAUUCAAGCCUCUUCAAUCACUAAGCCUCUUCAAUCCUUUGCAAGCGUCGCUUCUCCGCUGUGCAGCUGAAGGCAUUUCGGUGUUCCCGCCACAUUCAUCAUUGGACUCAGUCUGGGGAGGCCUGAAUGACUGGCUUGUCAAAGGGUUUGGUAUCGGUGAGAUCAGCGCUUUGGUGGACGAGAAACUCGAUGUGAAUGGGACGAGCGAGGAUGCGGAAGGGCGUUUGGUGAUUCUAGACGAGCCAGUGUCUGUGAAGGAGCUCGUGGGUCGGGUGAAGCGGCAGCUUGGGCUAUUACGGGUUCAAGUAGCCUGCCCUUCUGCCGUGCUAAGCAACAUCCAGACAGUGGCGAUAUGCGCUGGGUCAGGAGGAUCUAUGCUGGUUGGACGUGGUGCUGACGUUUAUUUCACCGGGGAGAUGUCGCAUGACGAAGCAUUAGCAUCAGUCGCGCGAUAUCAAUGA